CUCAUCUGAACCUGCUGAACAACUAAUUAUUGGGAUGGCGAAGAGAUCCCUCAUCAUUAUAUUUUCUUUGUUUGCCUACAUUAUCUCGGAUGAAAAUCAACUUCAGAAGCAGGAGAAUGAUUCGGCGUACAAAGAGCACCAGAAUGUCGAAAAUAUGAUCAGGCAGCUACCAACCUUAUAUAUGCUUUAUAGAACGUACACCACGAGCAAAAAUUACGAAUGUCUGUAUAUCAAAUUUGGUAAAAAAAGUGAAUCGACGUAUCCGGCCACCACUCUGGGAUACAAGGUGCCAACUAACAGUCAUGCGGAGACCAAAAAAGUCACAGUAACUGUCAAGACAACGCCGUAUCCAAAGUCGACAGACAAACACGCCACACGGACUGCUCCAAACACUUUAUUUUACGGAAACGCAGACGAAGAAGAAUCCCAAGAUAACACACAGCAUGAUUACUACCUAAUAUAUGCUGACAGUAAUAUAUGUGCCGUGAUGAGAAACCCCCAACAAGACGGAGGCUAUGGUUGCGAAAUGUUCGUCGGUAACUCUUCUUCACAACCGUCACAAAUGUGUGAAACGAUGUAUUCGAGUUCAUGUGGAAAUGUUAAAAACACUGUCUGGAAGAGUUUUUGCGACGUAGCGAUUAGGGAAGAGGAGGAGAUUUAUUGGGGGGAUUAG